GAGCAGAGCAGAGGAGAGGCAGGCGCUCAGUCUGUUUGCUCGCAGGAGGAAUCAGCAGCAGGACAAUGGACUGUCUCCACUACGGAUCCUAACGGGAACCGGGCUGUUUCACCGGAAUAUAAGGGGGUGAAUGUCAAACACUCCAGGAUGCUGCAGUCCUCAUCCCUGCUAACCUGCUGUUCACCAGGGGGCAUCUGAUUUACCAAACAUGAUGAAGACUGAGCCUCCAUCGGCCUCGGGGGGCAACGGGACCUCUGGUGGCAGCAGUGGGGGAAGCGGGAGCUCGAACCUGCGGAGUCCGUCGCCCCACCGCAAUGCCUAUGAGGCGGGGCUGGCGGCGCUCAAAAAGGCCACUGACCACCUCAACAAUGCCGCCAACGGAGGCUCUGACCCCACGGCAAAGCCCGCUCCUCUGCCCCGCCCAACCGGUAGGGGCCGGAAAUAUGGAUCAAAUGUUCACCGCAUCAAGAACAUGUUCAUGCAGAUGCAGUCUCCUGGCGAUGAGGAGGAUGGAGCCAAAAUUAUUGGUAAAGAGCAGGCUGUGAAACUGUCCCUGCCGAGGGCAUCCAGCCUCAAUGAGAACGUCGACCACAGCGCCCUGCUCAAACUUGGGGCCACAGUCUCCGAGAGGGUCAACCGUUUUGACACUAAACCCGGUGGGGAGGGUGGGGGUUCCUCUGUGGGCCUCUCCAAGCUCCAGGAGACCAGGAGGAUCUUUGAACAGCGGACUCUGCAGGAGAAGCAAGCUGCCACCAACCGGAUCUUGCUGAAGAAGGAGCGGGCAUCGGGCUUCCAGGACAGCCGUCUAGAUGUUGUGGCUCGCUUUAAUGGCUCCACUGAGGCUUUGGACCGGCUGGAUGAUCCCCCCAUUCCUGCUCCCGCUCCCACUCCUGCUCCCGCUAUUGUUCCCGCUGCCGCAGCUUCAGUCAGGCCUGGUGAAGCUGUCAGCCCCACGGUGAGCCAGCUCAGUGCUGUGUUUGAGAAGGGUGAACCGCAAAACAAUCUCUACCUCCCCCAACGUCGGUCAGGCCCUGCCCUAGCACCAAAGCCCAAACCUCCGGCCAGAGCGGAGGCUGGUGGAAGGAAGGCCAAAGUGCUACCUCCCGGUAAGGAGGACCGUGAGGAAGUGGCAGCAGGAGUUGUGAGCACCCAGGCAUCAGAGCUACCAGAGACAGGUUCUCUACAGAGGAGCAUAGGAGGAGCCAGCGAGGAGAAGGAGGGGUCAGGACAGUCAGGAGACCAGCUCUCCAACUCCUCCCACUCCUCAUUGUCCUCAGUGGCUGUCACUUCCUCCUCUUCCUCUUCAGAGGUCAAACCAGAGUCAGAGGCCCAGCCAACAGUGACUGAAGCCAGGGGCUCAAGUACAGUGGCCCCAGAGCGGGGGCCACAAGAUGAUAAACAGGACAGCUCCACCGGGGGGUCUGAGGCUGGAGCCAGGCUGGUGCAGGCUGAGGUUCACGCCUCGCUGGAAAAUGGAGAAAAAGAGCCUCCAGAUUCCUCCCCCUCCUCAGACGAGAAAGAAGCAGACUCCGAGAGGAGAGGCGAGGAUGAAGAGGAUGAGGAGGCGGAGGAGGAGGAGGAGAAUGAUGAGGAUGGCUCGAGGAAGGAUGAUUAUUCAGAGGGGGAUCUGGUAGAUAUCAGUGCAUACAGCGGGAUUGGGGAGGAGGACUCUGGGGGCAGCCAACUAGACGAUGAGGAGGAUGAAGAAGAUGAGGAGGUGUAUCAGCCAGAAAGCAGCUGCUCCGAGAUCCCAGGCCUCCCUGAGGAAGAGGAGCCUCCGCCACCCAAUAGGAAGAUUUGUUUCAGUACUGGGCCAAUCAAGGUCUUCACCACCUACUCUAAUGAAGACUACGAUCGGCGCAAUGAUGACGUGGACCCCAUGGCAGCUUCAGCCGAGUAUGAGCUGGAGAAAAGAGUCGAGAAACUGGACCUAUUUCCUGUGGAGCUGGAGAAAGACAGUGACGGUCUGGGGAUCAGUAUCAUAGGGAUGGGUGCAGGAGCUGAUAUGGGUCUGGAGAAGCUGGGGAUCUUUGUUAAGACGGUCACCGAUGGUGGAGCUGCGCAGAGAGACGGCAGGAUCCAGGUAAAUGAUCUGAUAGUGGAGGUUGAUGGGACCAGCCUGGUUGGCGUCACUCAGAGCCUCGCUGCCUCUGUCCUCCGCAACACCACCGGCACCGUCAGCUUUGUGAUUGGUCGGGAGAAGCCCGGGGAGCAGAGCGAAGUGGCUCAGCUCAUCCAGCAGACUCUGGAGCAGGAGAGAUGGCAAAGAGAGAUGAUGGAGCAGAGAUACAAACAGUACAUGGACGAUGAUGAAGAGACGGGUGAAUAUGCAACAGACGAGGAAGAGGAGAUGAGUCCAGUGUUUCCAAACUCUAUUGAGGUUUUUGACCUGGCGGAGAACCAGGACAUGUCUCCUGUGGAGCUGGACCCAGAGAAGCUAGCCCACAAAUUCAAGGAGCUCCAGAUUAAACAUGCAGUAACCCAGGCGGAGAUCCAGCUGUUAAAGAGGAAGCUGGCUCAUGCGGAGCAGGAUAAGUUGCGUUGGCGGAUGGAGCGCGCUCAGUUGGAGCAAAACAUCCGGGACAGUAAAGAGAGGAUGGAGAAACUUGAGGGCUAUUGGAUGGAGGCACAGUCCCUGUGUAAGGCAGUGGAUGAACACCUGAAGGAAACCCAGUCUCAGUACCAAACCCUUGAGAGGAAAUACAGCAAAGCCAAGAGACUGAUUAAAGAGUACCAGCAGAAGGAGAUUGAGUACCUGAAGAAGGAGACGGCUCAGCGUCGAGCACAAGAAGAGAGUGAGGCAACACACAAAGAGGAGGCAGAUAACCUGCAGGAAAAGAUUACAGACCUGGAGACCAAAGUGGAUGCCCUGAAGACCCCCAAACCCUCCUAGAUUGCUGCUACGUCCUACCUCCUGUCUGUGACUGGAAGAGGAGGAGCUCUGCCUUCAUUCUGACCUGGACUGUAUUUUAUUCCAAUCAACCAUUUACUGCACGGACAGGUAGUAAAAAAAAAAAAGAAUAAACAGGGAUGACAAUGGUAAAAGAGAGGAGGAGGAGGGCGACAUACAACAAGGAAAGAAGCAACCUCACAUCUGACAUCUGCCAAUGGCUUACAGCUCUGUCAGACAAUAACCAAUCCCAGAAUGCACCUUCUGUAAUACCCAGAAUCCUCCUUGUGCGUCUUCCUGGCAACCGGCUUGGCAAUCAACACAGAAAUCACAUUCAACAACCUGUACUUUAUUUGUGGAUGAUCUGUUUUGGCUUCUCCUCUCGUCAACAGCGGUAUCCUACCGGGAUUCUACUAUUGAUUCAAUUUUAUUUUGAAAAAGCGCUUUUAUUAAACAGGCUCGUCACAAAGUGCUUUAUAGAGUGACAGAGGGCAUAAAUGCAGAAUUAAACAGAACAAAUGAGAAAGGACAAAGGUUAUUUGAUUGCCAUUGUACUACUUUCGAACUAGGUGGUUGCGGAACCAUUCCUCUUUUGUUUUGUUUGCGACUGGACUGGAUUCCUGUGAAGAGGACUAACAUGCUUUCUGUUGUAUGGCAUUCGAAUCAAAAACCGCAAAGGAGAAAUGGCCACCUGGUUUUUUCACCUCAAGACUCAACACAAAUUCUAAAGUGGAACCUGGUAGUAACACACAACAAAAAAUAACUGUAAAGGAAACAACCACCACUUGCUGAUAGUUAAGUAAUAAAAACUGUAAAACAAGAUGGCCGACAAAUUUCAGAUCAGUGACAAAAACUGUGAAAAAAACAAAAACGCCCACCCCAGCCUUUGGUUUCUCUUUUCUAGCCUAACUCUCUGCAAGCGAUGGAAGGAAUCAGGCAGAAGUUUAGUGGCAUACUGUUUGUAUAUAUUCUAUACAUGUAUUUAAAAGUGUUUAAAUGGCUUAAGGAAUGAAGUGGUCUGAUAUCCGAGAGUAAGGCAGUGCAGUGAGUGGAGGGUGAACUAGUUCAGUAGUCCAGACUCUGCCUGUUUCAUCUCUUUUCUAUCAACAUCAAUGGCAAACAGGGUGUGAAUAGUCUAAUGUGCUUAUAGAGCUUCUAAUGGUGUAUAUUUGUUGGUGUCUACUACAGUAUCUGUGGGUUUACAUGCACACCAACUAUCCUGUUAUUCAGGAUAGUCAUGUGCUAUAUUCUUGAGUUGGUGCAGGGUUUUCAGAAAUCUCCUCUUAUCCAGGGUCACCAAACACCAGAAUAUGCUAGUAUUCUGAGGCUAUUUUGUGUACAGCUUCCACUUGCACUCACUGCAUAAUUUUGUAAGCUCAGGCUACAUGGGGAACUGAAAAUAUUCAGUUAAUUCCUGUAUUCAGAAACUGCUGAUAUGUACAACAGGAUCUCUUGAGGUGCACUUGUAGUGUCAGUUGUUCAAACAUUUUUUGGAGGCAGAACUGCUCAAGAAAAAAUCUCAUUAGUUGAAGUAAGCAUAAGCAAAAGUGCCAAAAAUGUUUGACCAAUACUGGAUUUUUAAGCCAGUUAUUUAUAUUACAGAGUUACUAAACACUGGACCUUUUUAAGGACGCUUAAAUUUGAUUAAUAGAAAAGAAUUAUGACCAAGACGUGUACUAAGCAUUUAGUUGGAAAAUAAAUAGUCAGUGCUUUCUGGUGGACAAACUAGUUAAUGUUAACAGUGUUUCCAAAUUACCUCAAUUUUUAUUUUUGGAACUUCAGAACCAUUUCCUCUUUGACCGAUAAUACUGGCUAAUACGGAAGAAAAGAAAGGUCAUAAUAAUUUUGAUUUUUUUCCAUGAACGACUGUAUACCUAAUUGUAAAACUUAACUACUACUGAAUAUUUAUUAUUGACAUUUGAAUAUCACUGAAUUUAUAGCAUUGGAAUUCUUCACAUUUUUUACUAUCCCUCUGACUUUAUGUGGUUUAAACUCUUACUUAAAGUAAAAUAUUUUAGUGUAAUGAUUCAGUGGUAUUUCAAUAUCAGUACUGUGUAUUCAAGAGUGGUUCAAUUUCUGAAUGAGCUUCCCAGUUGCUUAUAGAAUUCAACUUUGCUCAGUCAGGCUCUAAUAGCUGGUGACCUAGGUAAACUGGUUAGCCUUUCUGAUUUUCCUGUAGCUAUGUAUGCUACUUUAGCCUACUGACUUCCUUAAAGUGUUAAAUACAAUACAAUGAAUGAUAGUAGUCCUUGCCAGUUCUAUUUUUAUUGAUAUUUUGAUCAGUAUUUGUCUUUUCUAAUCAGCUAAUGAAGCCUUGCUUACGUACUACCAGGAGAGUUUUGCCUCUGUGAGAUGUUUGUGGAACUAGACAUUCACAUGGAUAUGAGCUACAGUGUUAUUCAAAAAACCGUGUGCAUGUAAACACACUCCACAUCUCUUGCAUUAGGAGAAGAGUAGAAAGUCCCAGUGCCAGUAUUACGCGUUUAGAAUAUGAACUUAAGUUAGUGAUACAUGCCUGACAUCGUCCAGAAAUGGGUUGAAUACAGAAGUGUUGCUGUGGUCUUUAAAGGUCAGAUCAUUUUUAGGAACCACUGGAGGUGCAUCAGGUUUAUCUUUUUCCCAACAAGUUUCUUUAUAUAAAUAUUCAUUUGGGUAAAUUACAAGCAUUUUAAAAAUACUAAGCAGAAAGAAAAUUGUUAAAAGUAACCAAAGAAAUGUUAUUUCUUGUCAAAAAAUAAGUCCUGUUUGGUUAAAAUGUUGAAGAUAUAUUUUACUAGCGAAGGGAAUAUCAGUGACUUACUGUAGAUUGUACGUUAAAGCUGCAGUAGGUAACUUUAUAACUUUCUGUCAUAUUUGCUGAAACUUUCAUUAUAUAGUGACAGUAAUGGCAUUUGUAAGAAUCCACCGGGCCUGAAUGAAAACAACCAAUCAGAGCUGAGAAAGAUGUAAAGCUUACCAGGGCAUCAAAUACCAACACUCUUGGUUAGUAGCUUGAAAAAAGUUGAUCUGUGUCUGUAUUUGAGUAGAUGGGAAUGAGACUUAAUCAACUAUCUUUCUCUGCUCUGAUUGGUUGUUUUUAUUAAGGUCCAUAAACAUGACAAAAAGGUAUUUAAAGAAAAUGUACCCACUGCAGCCUACUACUCCAAGACUUUUUAAAUUGGCUAAUGCAGAACUGUCUUCAUUUGGAAAUAACGGGGGAAGACAUUUGUCCAUUCCCUUUGAAGGGACCUGUGACACUUCAGUUACAGUACAGUCUCUGUUCAUACAAUAUGAUUGUAUAUUUCUGAUUUGACUUUUAUCCAGUGGUUCAUGAUGACUGUUUGAUAUUCCAAAUAUGAGGUUCAUAUUUGCACGUGGAUGGAAAAAUGGUGCUCAGUAGGACAGUGUUCACACACCAGUAACUUAUACAAAGUUUAAAACGGGCUAACUGUGUAUUUUGCUGCUCUAAUGUUAUCAUUCACCGUGGUGAUUAUUACGAGUUCAUGUGCGUGCUUAUUGAGAUCAUAUAGCUUGCUGGCAAGCUCUUAUAAGGUUGCAUUAAUUGAAAACACUGAAUCACAAAACGGUUCUAUCAGGCAGCCAUUUUUGAUUUUAGCCACAGUCUCGCAGCUCAAAUUUGUCCCUUCUCAAGUGUUGCUAUGAAGUUUGGUACAGGCAUUCAUGCACCCCUCAGGAUGAAUUAUCCUCUAGCACCACUAAUGAUAUUCCCAUUAGCCUCGGCUAAACUUUGUAUUUAGUGCUAAUUAGCAAAUGUUAACAUGCUAACAAGCUAAAGUAAAAUAUUGAAUAUGAUAGGCUAAAACAUUGUACUUCCAAUCAGCAUGCUUACAUUGUCUUUGUGAGCAUGUUAGCAUGUUAACAUUAGCAUUUAACUCAAAGAAUUGCCUAAGGGCAGCCUUAAUAGAGCCACUGGUGUGGCUGUAGACCCGUAGUCAUGUUAAUAUAAAAUAUUUUCUUCUUUGCCAUCUUGCAAACACAGAAUACAUUUCACAAAUAUGUGGAUAGUCGUGAAAAUGAAUAUCUAAUGUAGCAUAAAUUGAUAAUUGUUGUUAGUAGAAGCUUGUCACAGUGGCACACAGUGCGACCGAGCUGCUCCAAAACACCAACUUCUUCUGGUUCACUGUUUUAAUGCCUUUUAAAACAAGGUAUUUGUUCUCAACUUGUUUUGCGCUGACCAAUCUGUCCCCGUAUACUUCACACCUACACAAAUGACAUGUCCCCCUGAGGCAUCCUUUGACCUCCGACCUACAGGAAAUCAUGUGUAUUCAAUUUUCAGUGACUCAUGGGAACAAAGUUUGUGCGCUGCUCAACUCAAGAGCCACAAACAGGAGUAUGAGACAUUUUAACCAACAGACAAUGGUCAUGUUUUGUUUUCUGCUCUGUCUCACUCUCCAUUCUAGAUAUAUGGUGAAAUAUGUCAUGCUGUUAAAGCAACAGUUUGAAUGAUGGAUUGAUUAGAUAUCAUGAUAGAAGCAUAUUUGAAUUGGACAAAGGGGAGUGACACCACACACUUACAGUUUAAGGUUGAUGUUUUCAUGGAAGAUCAUUUUUUUAAAGACACCAAGUAUUUGUCCAGAACCUGCAGUAUAUUUACAUUAUGGUCCAAUUGGACAGGAACAAUGGAGAGAACAAAGGAGAUUUUUAAAGGAAUGAAAAUCAGCCAUAAGCAACUCUUUUGAGUGUUUUAAUUUCUUAAGUAUUUUUAUUACAGUUUCAUCUCUAUGUCAAACCAAUGGGAGCUGUACAAAUGCUGUUUUACCAACAAAUCAAAGUCCUGCUGGUCACUUUUGGUUUAAAGCUGCAGUAGCGUUAACGAACGCUUAUUUAAAAAAAAAAAGUUUUGUCAUUUUUGCUGACAUUUUUGAAUGUGUUUUAACAGUAGUACGUGAGACAGAUAAUCUUUAAAAAAUCAGGUUCCUCUGGCUCCUCCUAGCACUCAUAAUGGUAUUUUCAAGAAUGCUCCAGACCUGGACAAAAACACCCAAUUAGAGCUGAGAAAGAGCCUGAUUUUUUCACAUAUUAUCUGUAUUGUGUACUACUGUCAGGAUAUAGUGAAAGUUUCAGCAAAUAUGACAAAAAAAAUGAUAAAAAAAAUGACCUACUGCAGCUUUAAAAUCUAACCACAGUGAGUGAUCACUUUGCCUUGUUAAGACUAUUAGUUAACGUGCUGCUUUUGCCUUUACAAAGUCUUCAGAUGUGCGCUAGCUGUAGCUGACUAUCACACUUGUUACUCCUCAUGUCUGCCCAUCACAUUAAAAGAAAUAUGUGUUUAAGGAGUGUUUGCCACUGAGUACAGUACAGUACAGACAGACUGCCAUUUUGGCUGACAGAUUGUAGCUCGACAGCAUUUAACUUUACAGAUUGUAGACAGAUCGAUGCCUUUCACCAGGACAUUUUUCAGUGUUUGGUCAUUACUACCCAUAUUUUAAAUGAUAAUCCAACUCCACUCUUUCCCCCUGCUUCACAUUCUGGGAGAUGACCUUUGAAACGCCCUGGUAGCCUCUGAGCAGCUUUGCUGGAGCAGGUGAGAGGGUUUAGUGCCUUGCUUAAGGGUUAAUAGUAAUUGUAGUUGAGAUACCUUUAAGGCCACACGCAGUAUGUUUUGAGGAGUAACACCACACAGGUCCCCUUUAAGCAAUCUUUGACAAAACUGAUUUAUUGAGAAAAGUUUUGGUAUAUGCAGACGACACGAUUAUCUAUGUCCAAUGACUAGAGCUGCAAUGCUUAGUCAAUUAAUUGAUUAGUUGUCAACUACUACAUUAACUGACAUCUAUUUUGACAAUAAAUUAAUUGUUUUGAUUAAUUUUUACAAGAAAAUGGGCAAAUUCUUUGGUUUCUUUAGCCCUCUAUGACAGUAAGCUGAAUAUCUUUGGGUUGUCGACAAAACAAGAAAUUUAAGGAUGUCACCUUGGGGAAGCAGUGAUUAUUGUUUUUCACCAUUUCAUUGUCUAAACAACUUUCGAUUAAUGGAGAAAAUGAUUGAUAGAUUAAUCAACAAUGACAGGAAUUAAUUAGUUGCAGCCCUACCAAGGACCCAGUUUUUCUUGCUUGCAGGCCUAGUUUGACCCUGACUUUUGGCUUUCUUGAUGCGAUGACUAUUUUCAAUGCUCAGGGUGGAAACCUGACUGGACGACUGUCAAAUUCUGUCCUGUAACCAGAGGUAACUGGUCAUUAAACACUUAACAGCCAGAGCAGAUAGAAGUAGUAGAACAGAUGCCUGUUGCAUAGAUUAAGUAUAAGCUUGCGUUCAUAAACCAACUUUUAAGAAACUGGAAAAAUAACAGAACAGGAAAGGUUAAAAAUGCAAAAGCACUACAGGAAGUUUUUAAAUUAGUUUUUUUUUUUUGGGGGGGGGAUUUUCCAUCUGCUUUGUUCUAUUACAAUCCAAUACCCAAAUUUCAUGGCAUUUUGGAGUGAUUUCAGUUUUUUAUAAUAUUAACCCUUUGCUUAGCUUCUUCAAAUACAUUGAGAUGUCUACGUAGUGGUGCCAAACAGUGUGAGCAGGACAAUCUGACAGUGUGUAAGAUGACCUUUGAGUGUGUCUCGGGUCUGAAACAGAUUUCCUUCUCUGCCUGGUUCUGUUCUUUAGUUGAUGCCACCAUGUUUGUCUGAACCAAUACCUGUCUGUCAGCAUUAAUAAAUAAAAAUAUGUUGAACAAGAAAUACAAAA